UACUGAAAUCUACCGGAAAGAGAAAGUUUUUCCGGUCUUCUAUCGAAGGGUCGGUCAGCUGCCUCCUGCCGAACAAGGUUUUGACGUUUCAAUCUCUCAUUUCUUCGCGUUAUUAUGUCGACAAACAACAUGGCAGAUCCAAGGAGACAAAAUAAAGUCUUGAGGUACAAACCCCCCAAUACAGAGACCAACCCGACUCUUGAAGACCCCACCCCCGACUAUAUGAACCUGCUCGGCAUGAUCUUUAGCAUGUGUGGCUUGAUGCUGAAGCUCAAGUGGUGCGCCUGGAUCGCCGUCUACUGCUCCUUUAUCAGCUUUGCCAACUCCAGAAGCUCAGAAGACACUAAACAGAUGAUGAGUAGCUUCAUGUUGUCCAUUUCAGCUGUCGUGAUGUCAUACCUCCAGAACCCACAGCCGAUGUCACCACCGUACUGAUGAAGGAUCGAUCGAUAAUGAUGAUGUGGAGAAGACGACUGUAGUCCUGGAGUAUUUGUCUUACUCUUCUGUUAUUUUUCUUUUCUCUUCUUUUAUAAUAUAUUUAGUUCAUCAAGAUGCAGGGUUUUAAGAACAUUAAAGCCAUUUUAAAUAAAUUAUA